CCGAGAUGCAUCCAUUGAAAGCUCACCCCAUCCCCAUACAUACAUACUAGACACAUUCCACUCGCACACGCGCUUCAACUAUGCUGACACCUCAGCCUACUCUGACAUCCCUCUGCUGCUGCACUGCACACCGUUGCUACCACAACCGCUCUUGCUGCUCCGCUGUCCCACUCGUUGACUGCUGACUCGCCUACACGUGCUUACCAGACGGCCAGGGACAAGGCCAAUAUCACGCUCCCGCUAAAAAACAGUGGGGCAAGGGUCGGAGUAGGCUGGAUAACUCUAAUCACGUUUCCAGACGGUCUCGAUGGGAGACUGGCAGCUGUACCGCUACUACGGCGCCAACCCUACGGCCAGCCCUCCAUCGCGCCCAAAGACUGUCGAAGCAAAGCAAUGGGAUCUGGCCACCACCGACGCCCUUGGUAGAACCAUCUCUGCGUCCUCGACCACCGCCUCGUCUGGCCCGCGCCCUCACUCCACCAUGGACAUCACCAGGGGCUCCAUGUCGAGCAACUCGACCCUGAGUACCAAGGACGACGGCACCACCCCCAACGAACCCUUCAUCCUGCGCCAUGGCCGCAGAUACAUCCGACGCGCUCAAGGCUACCCGCUGCCAUGCGAUCUUCCCGAACUCCACCGUCAGAAUCUACAGACCCUUCUUGCCACGGCCGUCUUCGGGAGGGCCCUAGGCUCUACCCCAUCACACGCCCCGAAAAAAGUCUUGGAAGUCGCGUGCGGCACUGGAUACUGGUCGGCUGUCUGUCACGAAUGGUUGAGUGGUCAGGGCUACGAAGACGUUUCUUUUACCGGGCUGGACAUUGUCCAUGUAGCCGGAGACUUGCAGCGGCAGGGCAUUGACUGGAAAUUUGUGCAGCAUGACUUGCGCAAGUUGCCACUGCCGUUUGACGAUGAGGAGUUUGACAUUGUAGUCAUGAAAGACAUGAGCAUGGUAGUUCCCUUGGGCGCGCCAACACAAAGGACGCUUGACGAGUGCAUCCGCAUUCUCAAGUCCGGCGGCACGCUAGAGAUGUGGGAGACUGAUCACAUUAUCCGUUCCAUCAUGCCUCAUCCCCCGCCUCCGCCAGGCAAGAAUCCGCAGGAUUACGCCUGUGCCGUAUCGACUGGGACGUUUCUUAUUUCGCACACGACGCCCUUCACCGACGUCCAGAACAAGUACCUCCAAGAUGCAAAUGCGUGGAUUCAAGAAGCCCUGGGCCGACGCAAACUCUCUCCAACCCCGUGUUCGCGUAUCUCUCAGAUAUUGCUCCAGGAGACGGAGACACUGUGCGAGGUAGAAAACCGCCGGGUGGCGAUUCCGCUUGGCGAGCCGCGCUGGGAACGCGAAGCAGCGGGCGACACAAUGAAGCGACGAGGGAGUGAGGCUGGGAAGCUCAAGAUAGGCGGGUCAACCAUGGAUGGCUCUACCCUGACGCAGGAACAAGCGGCCCUGCGACACACAGCGCUCCUUGUUGUUAUUCAAUUGAUUGAAAGCCUCGAGCCGCUGCUCAAGGAUGUCAGCGGCAAGAAUCAGGAGGAAUGGCAGCGCUACUGGAAUUCCAUGAUCAACGACCUGCUCGAGCAAAAAGGAGCCUCGAGUGGCGAGUGUCUUGAAAUUGGAAUCUGGUGGUGCAAAAAGGUCUGAAAUUUGAUUGGUGUAACCUCUGUUUUCUUAAGCUUUUUGUUUUUCUUUCUGUGAUAUCCCGGUCUACGGCAGGCCAUCGUUGGCAGAUGUUAGUUCGUGUUUGUCAGUGGCUAGGCACCUGUAUCGUAGCGCUGGCGCAGAGUACGAUAGCGCUUGAGAUAGUAUAAAGCUUCAAUUUCUUUCUUCACGUACUCUGCCCUUUCGAUACCUUGCUUGAUCUUGGCCUCGUCGGUCAAAUGCCGCUGGCUUGCAAAGGCCUUGUGUAGACGCGUACGAAAGUAAUCGUACCCCUGAGGGUACUCCCGGC